UCUGUUCGGGAGAGACAAUUUAAAAGCUCAAACUGAUACUUUUAUUCGUCUUCUGCUUUAAUAAAGACCUAACUUUGACCUUUGUAAGAUUAUGUUUUAACACACAGUAAUUAAAAUAGAAAGGAGCUGAGUGAAACCUAGCGUACUUUGGUUGAGGAAACUGCUCGGAGGUGUUACAUGUGCAGUUAGUGUGAAUGACAACUGAAUGUUGCAAGGCCCUCCUACCUCUUUCUUUUCUUCUUUUUUUUUCUGUCUUAUACACCACACACAUACACACAUGCCCUGAGUUCGGCUUAUAGAGACAGAGCAGGUCAUAUCGAAGCGAAGAUGAGGAGAUUGAGACACCAGCCCUUUGCUCUACUUCCUCUGGUGUUGGCUUUCCACUCCAGCUUCUGCUCAAAUGCAACCACGAGUCAAAAUUUUGAAUCAAAGAAUGACACCAACGGAAAUGCUACCUGCAAGAAAGACCCUAAAGAUUUGUCCUACAGAAUCGCAUUGAUCAUCAUCUAUACUCUUGUGCUGCUGGUUGGAACUAUUGGUGUGUCCCUAAUGAUCAAUGUGCUAAAAUCAAAUCUGCGCUCUUGGACCACCAUCACCUUUUUCAACUUGAUUUUGGUCCACGUUAUCUUCAUGGUCACCAUUCCUUUCCGCAUCUACUACUACAUAACGGACUGCUGGAACCUGUCUCCGACAUUCUGUAAAGUAGUCAGCAGCAUGAUCCACCUUCACAUGCAUGUGGUCUUCGUCAUCUACGUCAUCAUCCUCACCAUGCAUUUCUUGCAUUACUUUAAAAAAGUGGGACAAAUGGAGUUCUACCGGAGUCUCCAUGCCAUGGGGUUUAGCAUCGGCAUUUGGACCCUUGUGAUAAUCGUCGGCCCCGUGGUCUUAGCUCAUUAUGGAACAAAUACGACUGGCGGUGACUACAAAUGCUUCCACUUUGGUAAAGAGCUCAAUAAUACAGCGGUGUUAGGGUGUAACAUUUUUUUGUCGGUUGGUACAAUAAUUUUGUCGUGCAUCGUGAGCUUUAUGCUUGCAGUCAUUCUUUACUCGAUGAUCAAAAAGUAUGGUGCAUCUUCAUGGGCUCAGCAGGAGUUCUGGGCUCAGAUGAAGAACGUCAGCCUGGUGCUUAUCAUCCUCUUCUGCCUGGCGCCGUAUCACCUGUAUCGGCUGUACUAUCUAAAAAUGUACACUUCUGAAGAAAAAGAGAUGGAGAACGAAGUGUUUCUCGCCAUCACGUCCCUUACCUGCUUCGACAUGAUGUUCGUUUUCGCAGGAAAGGGGAUAUGCCACAGGUGUGGGGGUUGACUCCAGAAAACGCCUCUCUGUGGUGGAACCUUCUGUCGAACAGUUGCAGGAAAGGAGCUGGAGAACUACAGUCAUGCUUUGCUGCCGAGUUCAAUCUGAGCCAUGCAGAUCUAAAGGGUUUACAACUGACUCCCACCUUAUGUUAGAAUCUCUGCUGAUGGAUGCUUUGAGAUUUUGAUUGUCUGAACCUUAGAUAUUUCAGAAACAAUAAAAGGCACUUAGCUUGCAUAAGGUGAACUUAUGAACUGCUUUUUUUCUUGGAAAGGGCCUUAAAAGGUUUAAUUUUAUUGAAUAUUUAUCAGUAU